CUUCCCCCACAGGCCGGCUCUUGCCGCAUCACGCGUGACGUACGGGGCAGUGCGACUAGUGAGCGGUGACAUCAUCUCCAGGCGCCGGAAGCGACGGCCUAGCCGGUGUCUGCUCUCCGCCUGUCUGGGGCUGGGCACUAUGAGCGCAGAUGAUGAGCUAAAUCUCUUAGUCAUCAUCAUUGACACCAAUCCUAUCUGGUGGGGGAAGAAAGCGCUAGGAGAAUCAGAGUUUACAUUAUCAAAAUGCCUGGAUGCAGUAAUGGUGAUGGGAAAUUCACAUCUAUUUAUGAAUCGUAGCAACAAACUUGCUGUAAUAGCAAGUCAUACACAAGAAAGUCGUUUCUUGUACCCUGGAAAGCACUGGGCAUUUGCAGAUCUCUUUGGAGACGGUGGUAGUUUCGUAGAGUCUAAUUGCUCUGGCAGCAAAGAUGGAAAAUAUGAAUUAUUAACUGCAAUAAAUGAAAUAAUCACAGAGGAGAUUAAAGACCUGAUGACAAAAACUGACAUGAAGGGCCAGCAAACGGAAACUUUGUUGGCAGGAUCACUGGCUAAAGCACUUUGUUAUAUUCACAGGAUGAACAAGGAAGUAAAAGCCAGCCAAGAAAUUAAAUCAAGAAUUUUGGUCAUAAAAGCUGCAGAAGACAGUGCAUUGCAGUAUAUGAAUUUCAUGAAUGUGAUCUUUGCAGCACAGAAACAGAAUAUUUUGAUUGAUGCCUGUGUUUUGGACUCUGAUUCAGGACUCCUACAGCAGGCUUGUGACAUUACAGGAGGCAUAUACUUGAAAGUGCCCCGGAUUCCCUCCCUUUUGCAGUAUUUGCUGUGGGUAUUUCUUCCUGAUCAAGAGCAAAGAUCCCAACUAAUCCUUCCACCCCCCAUUCAUGUUGACUAUCGAGCGGCUUGCUUCUGUCAUCGAAAUCUCAUUGAAAUAGGUUAUGUCUGCUCUGUGUGUUUGUCAAUAUUCUGCAACUUCAGCCCUAUUUGUAGCACAUGCGAGACUGCUUUUAAGAUUUCGUUACCACCUGUCAUGAAGGCCAAGAAAAAGAAGCUAAAACUAGCUAUAUAGCAACAUUAUAGAAAUACACCAACCAUUACCUCCUCCACGUAAUUCCAUGAAACAGCAUGUAGUUGAGAAGGUGGCAUUUUUUAAUAAGUGUGAAAGAAAUAAUUGUUCAAAUCUAUGUUGCUAAACAUUGAAAAACAUCACACACUAUAUGCACCAUCUCUACAUCACACACUAUAUGCACCAUCUCUGUAAGCAACAAAUGGUUGUAUUGGUACAUGCUCUGUGUUAUUUUAAAAUCAAAUCUUCUAUUUGUGACUAUCAGGAGCCAGAAACUGCUUGUAUAAAGCAGAAGGUGCAUUUACCAUUAUAGAACAACAUAAUAGCAUCCCUAAGUCAGUUUAGAAGUUAGACAGAGAAUGCAAAUGCUUAGGCCCUGAUCCUGCAUGCAUGUUAAAGUUAACGGUAAGCAUGGCUGUAUGUGUUUGCAGGAUCCAGGCUGUAGUGUUAUGGAUGGAUUCUGUAGUUCUUUUCAACACGGUUUGUUGUUCAAUUUAAUUUGUGAAGAGGCAAGUUUGAUUUUUUUUUCUUCCCACCCCCCGCCCCCACUAAAUUCCCCUUUCGUGGGUAUUAUCUGCUUUAAGUGUGUUUUAUUCUUUUCUCACUUUAAUAUCUUCUCCCCAAAACACAAGUAUAUUGAAGAUUAUUCAGGUGAAUAAUUUUAUUACAAGGUAAUACAGAUAAUGAGUAAUUUUCCUUUUGAAAUUCAGUAACAGAAGCAUCUGUGAUUUUUUUUUUCCACUCUCAUGUGUAGGGAUUUGUUUUUACGAUAUUUUGAAACUGGAAAACAGUUUAAUUGUCUGAAAUCUGAUAGCAAGUUUCUUUUUUAGAUUUGACUUGCACCAAAGAAAGAUAAUGUAGGAAGGCCUCUGUUAUGAAUUGAUUUAUUUUCUGUAUCUCAGCAGGUGAACGCAUGGUGCAUGUUCAGCUUUCGAAACCUUUUGUGUUUAAACCAAACAAAAAAUUUAAUUCUCUAUUUUUAAUUCCCUACUUUUAAUCCGUAACUGUAUCUUUUGGUGUUUUAAAAUAUAUUUAAUAAUUGUUGUACUACUCAGAGGCAAUAUGGGAAUAAUUGUUUUCUAGGUAGAAAACAUGACUGCAGAUAAAUUCUUUUUUAAUGGUAUAUGCAGGAAAUGAUGAUUUAUAAUAUUUUCAUCAGGUUUUUGCCUGUGUUACCAUUUUAUUGAAAAUGCCAGUCUUUUACUGGCUCAUUUAUUAACUAAAUGCAAUUUUAUAUGAACACUGUAUUUAUAGUUUGCUUUAUAUAAAUAUUUGUAAUAAAGUGACUUUAAAAAAAAUG